CGACGUAAACAGCAGAACAGAAAUUUUGCUGAUCCACUUUGAUUAGCAAUUUCUUUAUUUUCUUUAUUCUUUUUCUAAAUUUUUUGUCUGCUUAUUUAUUCGAUUAAUUUAAAACAAUUUCAGCUUAUCACUGUAAUUUUUCCCUGCUUCAUUUCGGUUUGAUUGUUUUACUUGAAGUGCAAUAAAAUGGAAGAUUACGAACGAGUUCUCCUGGUGAAACAAGAAGUAUUCGUGUUCAAAAUACCUCCCAGAACAUCUAUGAAGAGUUAUAGAGCAGCAGAUUGGAACUUGAAUGAACCCCAAUGGUCAGGUCGUAUGCGUAUGGUAGCAAAAGGAAAUGAAUGUAUAAUUAUUAUGGAAGAUAAAGUGAAUGGAACUUUAUUUGCAAAGUGUCCUAUUGAAGCUUACCCUGGUGUUGCUGUUGAAGCAGUCGCAGAUUCUUCUCGAUAUUUUGUUUUAAGGAUUCAAGAUGAUAAUGGUAGAGCAGCAUUCGUGGGAUUAGGUUUCGUUGACCGUUCUGACAGUUUUGAUUUCAAUGUAGCGCUGCAGGAUCAUUUUAAGUGGUUGAAAAAAUCCGAAGAAAUCGACAAAGAAGAACAAGAGCCUCGUAAAGAUUUAGAUUUACGAUUCAAAGAAGGAGAAACCAUCAAAAUAAAUAUGAAAAUCACGAAAAAAGAUGGUGCUGAAGGUUCUGCUAGACCGAAACCGAAAUCUGGAACAUCAACAGGGUUAUUACCUCCACCGCCCAGUGUUAUAAAAAUUUCACCUCCGAGUUGUGUUUCUACUCCAGCCAGUGACCAAUCUUCUGCCACUUCAUCAGGCAAUUCAAAUCCAAAUUGGGUACAAUUUUAAUUAAUCGUUCGGCUUGGUUGCUUGUAUCCAAAAUUUGAUUAAUAUCACCGUUCCUUUUCUUCAUUGUUUAAUCUACUGUUAAAUGAGUAUUAUUUAGAAUAUUUAUGGAAAUUUACGGAUUUGUGAUUUUUGUUUGUAUGAUGUAUAUAAGGUCAAAUGCGUUCAUUCAUAUUUAGCAUUUUAUUCCAAGUAACGAAAUAUUUCUUCAUCAUGAAGGCUACCUUUUUAAUUUCAUGCAGUUACCAUUUUUAUAAAUAUUAGAGAAGUCUUACAAAGUGUAUUCAGCAGUUUUUUUUUUUUUUUUUUUUGAAUAAGAGAUUUUAAUUCGAUCAUAAUAGUUCUAAACAAAUGGAUUUCGUAAUGUUUUAAGAAUACAUAUUUUAAACGCACGAAUGUGUAAUAUAGGAAUAAGUAAGAAAGAAAGGUGAUUGAUUUAUGGUGUACAGAUGUGACAUUAAUUAUUUUAUUUAUACAUAUAUUGCUUAUUUUAUGGUAUCGUUGAAAUUAAUUAUAGUUUGCAGGCUGUUAUAUUCUUAAAUUCAGUUUCAUACUUACCCCUUUAGUUAUUCAUCAAAAGAAUCUGAAUUUUCGUUCAAUGUAGCAUUUGAUAUAUUUUUCUUUUAGUGAUUUAAAUACUUGUAUAUUAAACUUUAAUCACCGUAAGUACAUGUAUACUGCAUGUAAUAUACAUAUUGUAUUUAUUUAAAUCCAUAUUUUACUCGUUGUAAAUUAUUUUAUCAUUAUAUUUUUAUGCAAUGGUUUUGCAACUGA